AUGCAGACUGCUUCUACAAACAUUUGUGAAAGAAAGGGUUGCUCUCAGGAGCUCAGUGGAUUCAGCCAUGAUACCAUGAUAGGUUGCCACCUGUGCAAUAAGUCCAUUCAUGAAAUUUCCUUGCUACUGAAUAUUCCACAGUCAACUGUUAGUGGUAUUAUAACAAUGUGGAAGCAACUGGGAACAACAGAAACUCAGCCACGAAAGCAAUGUCAGCGCAUGCUGAAGCAUACAGUGCGCAGAAGUCGCCAACUGUCUGCAGAGUAAAUAGCUACAGACCUCCAAACUUAGUGUGGUCUUCAGAUUAGCACAACAGUGAACUUCAUGGAAUGGGUUCCUGCGGC